AGACCCUGAAGUCAUGCGCACACUUCCAAAGUUGGACACUGAGCUUUAUCAGCUCCUCUCCAUGGAUGUACAGGAGCAUUACGAGAACAUAUUUCCCGUCAUCUCUUCUGCGUUCUGUGGCAGCCAGAGAGAUGGAGAGGAUUCACGCUAACGCAUCGCGCAGCAUCCCUUGAUCGCGCAGCUCCUCGCGGAGGAUGUGGUUUGCCGGCGCGGCCAUCGCCUCCGUUUACGGGGCCAUCAGCGUUUUGGGACUCAUUGGCAACAUCACGCUCAUCAAGACGUUUUGCUCGGCCAAAUCUAUCCGCAAUGUUCCCAAUCUGUUCAUGUCGAGCCUUGCACUGGGGGACGUUUUGCUGCUGGUGACAUGCGCUCCGGUGGACGCCAGCCGCUACCUUUCGGACGAGUGGCUGUUUGGGAGGCUGGGCUGUAAGGUCAUCCCCUUCAUUCAGCUCACCUCUGUCGGGGUGUCCGUGUUCACCCUCACGGCCCUCUCUGCUGACAGGUACAGGGCCAUCGUGAAGCCCCUUGAUCUUCAAAAAUCGACCACCACAACCAGCAUUGUCCUGCGAGCCGCAUUCAUCUGGGUCUUCUCCCUCAUCUUGGCAAUCCCCGAGGCUGUGUACUCGGACCUGCACACCUUCAAUGUGACCUCUACAAACGAGAGCUUUGUUACUUGCGCCCCCUACCCCCACGCCGGAAAACUGCACCCUCAGAUUCACUCCAUGGCCUCCUUCCUCAUUUUCUACGUCAUCCCCCUGUUGGUGAUAAGCAUGUACUACACCUUCAUCGCCCGCAGCCUUUUCAAGAGUGCGUCCAACCUUCCCAUGGAGGGGAAUGUCCAUGCGAGACGACAGGUAGAAUCCAGAAAACGGUUGGCCAAGACAGUUCUUGUGUUCGUUGGUCUCUUUGCAGUGUGCUGGCUGCCCAGUCACGCCAUCUACUUGUACCGCUCCUAUCACUAUUCCCAGGUGGACACGUCUCUGGGUCACUUUGUGUUCAGCGUUGUUGCUCGGAUUCUGGCCUUCACCAACUCCUGCAUGAACCCGUUUGCUCUUUACCUGCUGAGCAAAACCUUCAAGAAGCAGUUCAACCAGCAGCUGUGCUGCUGCCGUCAUUUCAUGUUCAAACACUCCCCGCAGAGCCCAACACAUUAUAACACACGCAUGACUUCAGUCCACAGCACACGUCACUCUGUGGCAAGUCUGACAAUGAUCAAUGGCAGGCAGCUCUGUCAGGAGGACUGCGUGUAAAAGUGUUUGUGAGAGAGAGAUGUAAAUUUGUGAUCUUUUUCUCCACAUGAAAAGCUAAACGUUGAAAAUCUAGACUUUAAAAACACUAUAGAGUUCUGUGGUGAUGACUUUGUGUAAAAUGUUCGGUGUAGACUUGCGAUUGUGGUUGUGAAAUAACUUCAAUGCUGUUUACAUUUUUUUUUUUUUUUUUUACACUUUUAAAGUUUCUAGGCUGCAUUUAUGCAUUUGAGAAGACAGCCUGCAAGCUUUCAUGUACAGUUUGGCAAAUUAUGUGGUUAAUGAUCAAUUUGUGCUUGUAUAUGUCUAUCAGUUUGUUUUUUAAUGAAUCUCCUUAUGGUCUAUUCCUAAAAUAGCAUAAAACAUAAGCAAAAGAAAGAAAAAAAAACAGAAUAGGUACAUCAGUUGGAAGCAGUCUCUGUAUUUUGAUGGACAAGGCAUUGAAGAAAUGCAUGAGAGAAAGACUCUACCUCCCAGAGAAAGAAAUUAAGCCCAAAUUGCCAACUAAGAACGCGUUAAAACUUACUUAAUUUCCCAAAUAUUUUUAAAAUAAUUAAUCAUUAGUUAGUUUUAAAUGGUGGUUAGUGUUUUAAAAUAUUGUAAUAUUUAGGUAAAGUUUGUUUUUUUCUUUCCAUCUCACCCUCAACUUGAUCAGCAUCAAUGGGUUCAGAGUUACUUCAAAUCCAAAUUUUCUCUGGCUCGAGCCAAACUGGGAAACAAUCCACAAAAACCAGCCAGGGAGUUGGGCCAGAUCUCCCAGUCACAGAAAGGCACAUUGGUUCAAACAGCUGUUUGGUUUGAGACCCGGUCCAUUUCACAAAGAGUUGACCGAACAAGAUCAGUAGAAUAAAGAAGAUCACAGCUUCUUUAUUCUACUGCUAUGAAGAACUCAGUAUUUUUCUUCUCCUAAUUUUGUUUCUUCAAAAUAUCACCAGAUAUAACAACGUCAUAGUUAAACUCUGGAAAAUCUUCCUUCAAACUCCUGGGAGAGAUGAAAAAAAACUUUUGAUUAAAGUAAAACCUUUAGUUGGCAUAGAUAAUAUCUGAGACUUUUUUUUUUUUAUUCCUAUUUUUGACAGAAUAAAAAUUGUGGAGCAUGUUAUUUAUAUUCUGUUAAUUACAUCAGUAGAAAAUAGAUGUUGAUGUGAUGAUAACGAAUGUAUUUGUUGACUAUGUGCAGUUAAUUUGCAGAUAAUUGUUCUCCUCAUUAGUAUAGUGGUGAGUAUCCCCGCCUGUCACGUGGGAGACCGGGGUUCGAUUCCCCGAUGGGGAGUGAAGUUUGUUUCAGAUCCCUCUUGAAAAUGAGAUCUAGAUCUCAACAGGGUUUA